GCCGGCACGGCCGUCAGUCGAGGCGGCGGUCCCGCCGCCGGUCCCGCUCGUGGGUGUUCCCUACCAGCCGGAGCGAGCACUCACCCGGACCGGCCCUUUAUGCUGGCUGUCGCUCCUGCCAGGCUCCUUCCUUCCUCGCUCCAGCCUGCGGGGCGCCGCUGCCCGGGGGCCAUGGCGGGGGCGCCCGGCGGGCCGUAGGUGUGGAGCUCAGAUCCAACACAAGACUCAUGUGAGCUUGCCACAUCUUGCCUAAUGGAAUAGGUCAUCCUUUCACUUCUGUAAGAGAAUUGAUUUGGAUUCUUCCUGGUGGCUGUGAUCCUACCCCUCACUGAGUUUCCAUGGGGUACAGACCAUGCCACUGGGCUGCAUUUGGGUAAAGGAUGAGUUCACUGUUUCUCUGAGGAGUCUUCCAACACGUUUUCCAAGUUACCUUUUAAUGGUGUUCUAAGUGAGCUUAUGUGACACAAAUAGUAUUGGAUCAUGAGUGAAGAAAAAAACUUUGGUGCAUCCCAGAAGAUGCUGUCUCCUUCCAGAAGUACCAGCAGCUGCUCCUCCAAGCAGGGAAGUCGACAGCAGGACAGCUGGGAAAUUGUGGAAGGACUCCGGGGAGCAAUGAAUUGUACCCAGGAGCCACAGAAGCAGGAGGGCUGCUUGCUGAAAAAGAGGAAGUGGCCUCUGAAAGGCUGGCACAAGAGAUACUUCUUUUUGGACAGAGGGAUUUUGAAGUAUUCCAAAUGCCGAGCUGAUAUAGAGAGAGGAAAACUUCAUGGCUGUAUUGAUGUUGGACUUUCUGUCAUGUCUGUAAAGAAAUCAACAAAGUGUAUAGAUUUGGAUACAGAGGAGCAGAUAUACCACCUGAAGGUGAAGUCCCAGGAGCUGUUUGAUGAAUGGGUAGCAAAGCUUCGCCACCACAGGAUGUACCGCCAGAAUGAGAUCUCCAUGUUUCCCCACGACGCCAAUAACAUUUUCUUCCCUGGGUCUACUACCACAGACUCUGUCCCAGGUUUCUGUGAUUCUACACCAGGUAGAAAGGCAGGCAGCUUGACCAAACAGAAUUCAAUGUCAACUGGAGGUAAUUUGUCAUUUUCUUUUUCGAGUAAUGAGUCCAGGAUUUCAUCUUGGCUACAGUCCUCUGAAGACAUGGAAAAAUGCUCAAGAGACCUCUCCAACUGUCACACAUAUUUACUGGAAAUGAACCAGCUGUUACAGAGCAUGGACGUUCUUCACAGGACCUAUUCAGCGCCUGCUAUAAAUGCUAUGCAGGUUGGACCUUUUGAAAGCCCAAAGAAGGAAAAGAGAACACACAGGAGGUGGCGAUCCAGAGUUGUUGGGAAAGAGGCUAAAGGAAUGUUACAGGUGCCUUCAGUAUUUUCUGCCCCUAUGAGACUGCAUGCUUCCAAUCCAAACUUAUCUACAAUAGAUUUUGUAGAGGAGAAAAAUUACUCUGAUGGCUCUGAAACAUCAUCAGAAUUUACUAAAAUGCAAGAGGACUUAUUUCACGUUGCACACAAAGUUUACUUCACCUUGAGGUCAGCUUUCAGCACCAUAUCUACAGAGAGAGAAAAGCUGAAGCAGAUGCUGGAGUACGAUGCAUCCUCAUCUCCAUCUGCACAAAUAGUGGGCUUGAAGAAUGCCUUAACAUCUGCAAUAGCACAAAACACAGAUCUUAAAGACCGGUUACGCAGAAUACAUGCCGAAUCUAAGAUCAUUGAUUCAGCAUCUAAUGCAAAAUCAAGCCCAGAUUUGGUGAAGGAAAAUUCAAGAGAGGAAGGCAGAGGUCUGGUUCACCAGGUCUCCAAUGAAAGCAGACUGUCUAUCGCUGACUCUCUCACAGAAUUUUUUGAUGCACAGGAAGUCCUGCUGUCUGCUAGUUCUUCAGAAAAUGAGGUAUCAGAUGAUGACUCAUAUGUAAGUGAUAUCAGUGAUAAUGUCUCAGAAGAUAACCUAAGCAAUGACAUGGAGAAUGAAAGACAAACUUUAGAUUGUAUUUCUGAAAGCGGAAUCGGAUGCAAUUCUAAACGGAGAACGUGUUUGCCAGCUCCAUGCCCUAACACAAGUAACAUCAGCCUGUGGAAUAUCCUGAGGAAUAACAUAGGGAAGGAUCUCUCCAAAGUGGCCAUGCCUGUUGAGUUAAACGAGCCCCUGAACACGCUGCAGCGCCUCUGCGAGGAGCUGGAGUACAGCGAGCUCCUGGAUACAGCGGCGCGCACGCCAAACCCCUUCGAGCGGAUGGUGUACAUAGCUGCCUUUGCAGUCUCUGCCUAUGCAUCCAGUUACUACAGAGCUGGAAGUAAGCCAUUUAAUCCUGUGCUUGGAGAAACCUAUGAAUGUAUCCGUGAAGAUAAGGGUUUCCAGUUCUUUGCAGAACAGGUCAGUCACCACCCACCUAUUUCUGCAUGCCAUGCUGAAUCUGUGAAUUUUGCUUUUUGGCAAGAUGUCAGAUGGAAAAACAAAUUCUGGGGGAAGUCCAUGGAGAUUGUUCCAGUUGGCACAACACACGUAACUCUCCCAGCUUUUAAAGACCAUUUUGCAUGGAACAAGGUGACAUCCUGCAUCCAUAACAUCUUGAGUGGGCAAAGAUGGAUUGAACACUAUGGAGAGAUCAUCAUAAAAAAUCUUAAUGAUGACACGUGCCACUGCAAACUGACUUUCAUAAAGGCAAAGUAUUGGAAUCCAAAUGCACAUGAGAUUGAAGGCAGUGUCGUGGAUAAAUCUGGGAAAGUUGUGCAUCGGCUCUUUGGGAAGUGGCAUGAAAGUUUAUACUGUGGGACAACUUCAUCUUCAGACUGCAUAUGGAGAGCAAAUCCAAUGCCUAAAGAUUAUGAACAGUGGUAUGGAUUUACACAAUUUGCACUGGAGUUAAAUGAACUGGACCCACAAACUAGGUCAUUACUCCCAUCCACUGAUACCCGUUUUAGGCCAGACCAAAGGUUUCUAGAAGAAGGGAACAUUGAAGGGGCUGAAAUGCAAAAGCAGAGGAUCGAGCAGCUGCAGCGAGAACGACGGAAGGUGCUAGAAGAAAACAAUCUAGAGCAUCAGCCUAGAUUUUUCAGGAAAUCCAGUGAUGACUCCUGGGUGAGCAAUGGAACCUACAUGGACCUUAGGAAAGAACCUGGUUUUUCCAAACUGGACAAUCCUGUCCUCUGGUGAAAGAGGAGCUAAGUGAAGAUAUUCUGUGUUGUAUUCUGGGAUCUGAUUUAAAAGACCUAUCUAUAAAAUAUAACUAUAUAUCUAUAUAUACACACACACAUACAGAAUGUGUGUGGUGUGUGCAUAUGUGCAAAUGUGCAUAUCUCCAGAAUCAUGCUUAAUUUAGAAUCUGAUAAUUCAUUUGUUUCCUUUACUCAACAAUUGCAGUGAUUGUUUGAAUGUAUAAAUAUCCUAACUUCCUUUUAUAAAAUAUUUAAUAAAUAGUACUGAAUGUUAACAGAUGGAAAAGAGAGGAGCUUUUACACUACUUUUUCAAUGUGUAAUAAUGUCAUUUCUGAGUUAAAUUAUGCCUUACUGAAUUGCAUUGGAGACAGUAGCAUCAGCAUCUCCUAGCUGUGCUGAGGAAGAAUGCAAGCCUUCGUAACUCAAACUGUAGGUAGGCUUCCACAGUGCAAUAAGUUCAGCUGUCUCUGGGCUGGUAUAAAUUGCUAAAACAGAUUAUCAGCUGGUGCUGGAAUCUGACUGUGAUCUUUUGCUGUCUGCAGGAAAGAUUUAAGUAAGCUUUUGUUUCUAUUAACUUUCUUCUUAGCUUUAUGGAAGAGGUAGUUCUGAGCUUACGUCGGUGGUUCCACUGCCUUAUACACAAACUGUUCCCGGUUAAAUGUAGUGCUAGAAAGUCAGGAAUCGCCAAAAUUUUCCACUGGGAAAAACUUUCACUUCAAAUUUAUAGCCCCCAACAGGGCAAGAAGAGGAGAUCAUUUGUAUAUACUGCUUGAGCACUGACUAGAUGAAGAAGCUCUCUCUUUUUCCAGUAAGUGAAAUCUUAUACAGAGCACGAAAUCCUGUGCUUCCAUAGCUUCAUUUGUUUUUAUUCACUUAAAAAUUGCAACAGUAAGACUUUUUAAAAAGUAAGCAAACUGAUUAUUUUAAGCUAGAAAUUUUUUCCUAGUAUUUUGAUAUUUUCUACCUCUUAAGAAAUAACAUAUUUAAAAUCUUAUAUUUAAAAAAUUGCCAUCUGCCUUAUGGAGAAGUGUAUGGAGUCUUUGAUCUUCCUCUGUUUGUUUGUUAAGUUCAGAUAGAUAUUUAAACGUCUUGCACUAAAUCAAUUGCAUACCUUUCCUGUAAUUUUAUACAUAUGGUUCAAUUUGUGAAGCUACUAAACCAUAGGUCAGAAAUUUAACAGGAAGCAAAUGUAGCAAAAGCCUCACUUUUGAAUGAAGAGUAUAGAGACGGGCAGUAUUUUUUGGUUUUUCCAUCAAAUCACAAUGCCAUAGUCAUUAACAGACUAAUUUGCAUUCCCACAUAUCUGCAACCCAAGCCUGAUCCAUGGUUCUUCAAAUCUGCUCGGUGUGUCUGCAGCUCUCUGGCAGCAAUGCAGUUUUCUAUGCGAUAGAUGUGCAUCCUGUCACCACACCCUUUUCUUUUGUUUUCUUUACCUGCCACUGUAAAGACACAAAACAAACCCAAAUGCUGGCAUGUUAAAUUGGCUUAUGGCUGGAGCAACAGGACAUGGUAUGGAUAAAGUAGACUCCUAGGAGGACAGACUAAUAGCUUAGAAAAGCUUGCACUUUACUGCAGUUGUGCUGCAUUGUUCUAGAGAAAAUCUAUUAUUUGUAUUAUAUAUGUAUCAUGAAGGAAAUACUAUGAAGGUUUUAAAUUUUAAACAAAAUCUGUGGUGUCAGAUUAGAUGUAUAUUUGAACUUUGCUUUCUAUUACCUUGAAGCCUCAUUGUCUCAGAGGCAGAUAAAUGCUUUUUCACCAUUUUUCAUUUUGCCCAGGAUCUCUGCCUCACCAUCAUUUCUGUAAUUUAUUACCAAAGAAGUUAGCAUAAUUAUAUCUAAUUAAUAUGUCUUUGAAAAACUUGACUACCAUGCCAGCAGCUUUAAACAAGGCAAGGUUCACACUUAUAGGAAGAAAAAAUCUGGGCUUUGAUUGCAAAGGAAGUCUUAAACUUUGGGGGCUGUUUGGCUUUUCAAGAAAAAUGAGGUUCUCUUCAUGCCUUGUUCCCUUCCUGUCUUUUAUCCUUGUAUUAACUGUCAAAACCUGGCACAGAAAUGAGUUGAUAAUUGCAAUUAUCCUUGCUGUUGGUAAUUACAAUUUAUACUAAAAUUAAGGUUCAUUUAAAAACAAAAGAUGGCAGAGAAAAUAAAAGCUUUUAAGAAAAGGAGCAAAAUUUGUGGAGGCAGCACUAAGCUGUCAUAUUUGGCAGCUACUGUGAUAGUGCCUGAUCUGAUUGCUGUGUUUGCAUAUUCUGUGUGUGGAGGUGAUUCCCCCAUGCAGGUAUUAAACAAAACAAGUCUCAUGUUUGAGACUAUUUGAGUCAUGAUUUUUGAGAAAUCAGACUGGCAGUACUAAGUCUGAUUUCUCUAACACUCCAAACUUUCCAAAAUACAUGGGAUGAACGACAAGAAGCAUUGGGCUGAGCAGUGCCUUAUAUAAAAAUGUAUUCAUCAAAAUGUCUGUAUCAAGAAAGUAAACUCCAGAGUUUUAGCACUGUCUCCAUAAAAAAGUCUGAGAAUAAUCCAGGGCAUUUCUUAAAUGCAUGAAGAAAAAUCACUGAACAAGUAAUUUCUCCUUUUGUAAAUCUGUAAUACACACCUCCAAACACAGUGUAACCAGUUGUGAAUGAUACUCUGACUCAACAUUUCCAACUGCAGUAUAGUUUUCCCUGCUUACUUUUGUAUGAAACAAUUGGGUUUAGUUGUUAAACUUCUGUUAAAUGUAUAUUAAGAAGUGUAAGAAAUUUGUCUUGAUGUUAGUUCUUUGUAUUUCUGCAUGUAAAUAUAUUCAACAUUCACAAAGUUAAUAUAUUCUAUAAAGUUAUUCUUGGUAAAAUAUUAAA